GGUGCGGCGCGGUCCACAUUCCGGAGUUCGCUAAUCGCAGUGGUCGCGUUCGGCGUUCACCACGCGCUCAGUUUGAAUUUGGCGCGCGUCGACAAUAGCGGUCAAACCGCCCGCGCGCUCCAAUGCCAGCGAGCUGCAAAACGGACGAAUCCAAAGUUUUACCCGUGUUAUUUACUUUUUUGUUUGUUUUCUUGCUAAGGACUGACUAGUUUUAGUGAUAUAGAAAGAAACUGCAAAUGUAGGACUGAAUUAGUGAACUGUUUUAUUUUAUUUAAUCCUCGACGCGCUUAUUAUCUCUGGAACGGCGACGCCUACACGAAUGAUUGUAUGAAACAAUAAUAUGUGCGUACUAUCAUAGUACUACUAUUUAUUACAAUAAACAUAAUGGACGGCGAAAGAAAAAUUAACUGUGAAGGUGUCCCACUAAACUCGGCAGGUGCGGCGAAUAUUUUUUUGAACACGGGUAAAAAUCCGAAAGUAAAAGAGGGGACUGUCAUUCAUCUGAACACAGAAAAACCCUCAGAUGUUGGCGUGCAUAUUAAUACGACACUGUCAAUAGCGUCGUCUAAGAAAAUUAAGCUUUUAUUUAUAUUUAACUUUUUACUUAGUAUAAUAUGUGUCAUAAUCAGCUGUUCCAUUGCAUUUUAUUAUUGGAAUGAGAUGAUAUCCAUGAAGAAGCAACUUGAUGUUCUCAAGGAUCAGUUUUUGAUACAAAAUGUAAGAGAUGGUAUAUUAAAUCAAAAUAAGGCUGUACAAAGUCCUUUGGUAUCACAAUUGCGGCCACACAUGAGAGGCUUUGAAGCAAGAGAACCUAGAAUGGAAGCACCUUCAUUAAAAGACCAAUUAUCACCAAAUGCAAGGAGAUAUUAUGUAGAAAACCUCGGGGAUGACAUGGUUCUUUUAGAUUCAAGUAAAAAAGAUGCUAGUCAUGAUAAAACUCCUUAUGAUCUCUCAAUUUUCCAAAAAGAGACUCUAGUCGUUCAAUUUAAUGGUAAUGCGCCGGAGAUAAACCUGGGGGUGCAAGCAAUCAUAGGACCAUGGGUGCGCGAUACGGAGAUCUCAUCAAAGGGCAGCGAGGAUAAAAUAGAACUUAAGACGGACUAUUUCAAUAUUAAGGAGUCCGGGCUGUAUUUAGUGUAUGCACAAGUGGUAUAUCUAACGCACGCACCAAACGCAUACUUUAUUUGGGCAAGACAGCCGACGAGCACGCCGCGCCUCGUCUCAGCCUGUGCCACAGGUGACGAUUCCAGUUCCAGACCACUAAAUAAGUCUCAAAUAUCCUGCUCAGUUCAAACAGUUGCACGUUUGCUCAAAGGCGACACUGUGAACAUCGCCCAGAGAGAAAAGAAUAGAACGUUGUUACUCCAAUCGGGUUACACAUAUAUUGGUUUCGUGAAACUCAGUUCGUAAUUUAUCGUGCGCGUGGGCGUUUGAUACGCUUAUAUUCCCUUUUUAAAAUUAUUACACUGUUUUAACUAGUUCUAUUCUUAAGAAUCACGUACUGUCAAAUCGCACUAAUUAACGUAUUUUGAAUAACUGACUUCGAACGUCAGGUGUAAACUUCGAGGUGAUUUUCUUAGGGAAAGAUUCAGAGUCGAUACUUACCGCGAUCUGUGACUUCCGUAUCUCACAAUUCAAUACGUUGACAUUGUCUCGACUCAUCUUUCCCUAAUUAAUCUAACGUUAUACAAAACUGCUUCAGAAAUCUCUUUUCAUAACAGCGCUAACAAUUAAGCAAGAGAAAUCAGAACUCUAGUUAAAAUAGUGUAAUUAAAUUGAGUUUUUAUAAAAAAGGAGUUAAUGUGUAUUCCAUUUUCAUGUAUCGUCGCAUUGAAAAAGGAUAUUUAGUUUUGUUAUUGGUGCCAUAAGUCUUCCAUUGUUAAAUUGUCUUCCGUUAUUUAGAAUAAUGCAGAAUUGUGAUUGUGUAUGCAAAACACUGCCAAUGUUUGGAUUUUUUAAGUUGAAUGGUGCUAAUGUACUGAAGUGUGCCAUAAUAUGUAAUUAGUAAUACAUCACACGAAGUGAGCAAUCGCUUCAAUUCAUCACUUGUUUACGAAACAAGGACUUUUCAAAAUGGUAACACGGAAUUUGAAUUUAGAAUUCGUUUGAAAUUAGAAUUUCGGGUGAGCACAGACUAUGUAUCAAAAGAAUAAAUCUCAAUAUGAUCUCGAAAUUAUUUAAGUUUGUGGGUUUGAUAAAAUAUCGUUAAAAAAAAAUUGUUUGUAGUUUUCGCGUUAAUUUUUCGAAAUUUUUAUAUUACAAUAAUUUAGAUUGUUAUAUUUCUUUGUUGCUCAAUUCAGCAUUUGACCAUUUAACUUAGUUUGUUAUAUUUUUAAAGCGUACUUAAGUGCUAUAAUAUAGAAUUUAGGGUCAAGUCAUAAUUUUUAAGUGAAAAAUUUUAAUUGUAAAAAUGAAAAGCUUUGUUCGAGUUAAAUUAAAGAAUAUAAGAUGUUCAUUUUCAGCGUUUAUGUGUUAUCUGUGGCUUCUUACUAUAUGUAAUGACGGCUGCACAAUGUACAUACUCAGCGAGAUAUUACGAGAGUGGUUAAAAGCGAGAAUGUACAUGAUGUUCGCAUCUCGACCGUAUGAUUACGACAACUAUACUUGCCCACCUAAUGGGCUUUUCUUUAUUAAGGUUUUCAGACGUAAGUAUCCGUAGCGGUGUGAAAUGGAAAACAUUAUUAUACUCUCCGGAAAAUACGUUUACCUGUGCCCCAGAAGAUUUCUACUAAAAGUACAUACACAAUGCACGGGUAGUGGGUACUUUUCCCUUAAAGUAAAUAACGAUAGUGUUGCUAUCCGUAAUAAUUCAAUUAAUAUUAAUAAAUGUGAAUUGAUUUAAUUAAUAUUGAUUUUUUUCCGAGGUGAAUUAUAACUAUAUGUUUAAUCUUAAUAAUAAGGACGCAAAAUAGGACUUAUAAAACAUUUCUACUUAAUUCAUAAGUAUUUUAAUAUACACAUUGUGAUAUCUUUAGUUUAUACUGUAGAUUAGAUUUUACAAUUACUGUUACCUUUGUUAAUCUAAAAUUUUGUAAAAUAAUUCCCGCGCAAAUGAUAGAUUAGCCAAAAUAUCUUCAGACUAUGUACAUACUGUAAAUUUAUUAUUACGCCCGUCCACCAAUAAAUGUGCCUUAAAACA